UCUCAGGAUGUCUAUCACUGCUGCUACACACUCAGGAAGCAAACUGGAACCUUCCAUCACUGCUGUUCUUCUCUAACUACCUGCACAAGACCAGCAUUUUGGACAUUGCACAAGCGUACCUCACCCGGAUCUGCAGCAGGCAAAAAAAGGCUUUGGAUUGAGGGACAAUGUUGUUCCCUGCUGUGACCUGGUUCCUGCUGGUAGCAGGGCUGUUGAGUGUCUGGGCUCAGGACUACUAUGAAGAGAGAACAGUGAACAAGAGACCCAGGGGCAGGGGGGCCCAACUGCAAGCUCCAGCCAUUGCAACUAACGUGCAAAAACAUAAUGGACAAGCCAUUUUAGAUGAGGACUGCGGUCUGGAGCUUACCUUUCUGCUGGACAGCUCUGAGAGUGCCAAGGAGAACCAUGAGCAGGAGAAGCGCUUUGCCAUGGAUGUGGUGGACAGGCUCCAGGCCGCCCGCCUGCAGACCGGGCGCAGUCUGAGCUGGAAGGCGGCCCUGCUGCAGUACAGCAGUCACGUCAUCAUCGAGCAGACCUUCAAGCAGUGGAAGGGCACCGACAACUUCAAGUCCCACAUCACCCCCAUUGUCUACAUCGGCCACGGCACCUACACCACCUACGCCAUCACCAACAUGACCAAGAUGUACCUGGAGGAGUCCAGCCCAGGCAACAUCAAGGUGGCCAUGCUGCUCACUGACGGCAUCUCCCACCCCAGGAACCCAGACAUCUUCUCAGCUGCCGCUGACGCCAAGAACCAGGGGGUGAAGUUCUUCACGGUGGGCAUCACCCGUGCAGCCAACGAGUCAGCCAACGUGGCCCAGCUGAGUUUGUUGGCCAGUUCUCCUGCCUCCCGAUACCUCCACAACCUGCAGGAUAUUGACAUUGUGGAGAAAGUCCUCAAAGAAAUUACUGACCUGGCUGAUGAAGGGUGUCCCCCGGCCCAACAAUGUGCCUGUGAGAAGGGCGAAAGAGGACUCAGUGGCUUAGCCGGGAAGAAGGGUCGCCCUGGAGAUGAUGGAGCCCCUGGUCUCAAAGGAUUGAAGGGAGAAGGAGGACUAAGUGGACUUCCAGGUCGGGAUGGCGGAGAAGGAAAAUCUGGUUACAAAGGAGAGAGGGGUGAGAGAGGCGAGUGUGGCACUCCAGGAAUUAAAGGGGACAGGGGUCCUGAGGGCCCAAUGGGCACCAGAGGAGUCAGAGGUCUCCAGGGUUUACCCGGUCCACAGGGUGACGUUGGACCUGAGGGCCCUCAGGGUAAUAAGGGUGAUCGGGGUCAAGCUGGCCCGGCCGGAAUUCAGGGAGAAAAUGGUAUUGGACUUCCUGGACCAAAGGGUGAUCUGGGAUUCCAGGGAAAACCCGGCCCCCCUGGUCCGACAGGGUUGAGUGAAUAUGGCCAGCCAGGGCCUCAAGGGCCACAAGGUUUUCAAGGGGAGAAAGGACCCCACGGAGAGGGGCUCCCUGGGCCAAAGGGAGACCGGGGGCUGGCCGGACCGAGGGGGCCAAGAGGACAGACGGGUGCAGGAAUCAAAGGAGAAAAGGGUGAGUUCGGGCCUCCAGGUCAUCCAGGACUUGUUGGACUUACAGGAGCAGGCAUCCAGGGGGAGAAGGGAGUGGAGGGUCCCAGAGGUCCACCUGGAGGCAGAGGACCUCAAGGAGAGGGCUUACCUGGACCUAAGGGUGAUCAGGGUUUCCCCGGAGAGCUCGGAGCUACAGGGGAGAGAGGUGUUGGUGUGCCAGGGCCAAAGGGUGAGCUUGGUACAUCUGGCCUGGCUGGCUUACCUGGUCUUCCAGGCGAGGACGGGGCUCCAGGACAGAAGGGUGAGGCGGGUGUAGCUGGUAUAAGAGGUCCUGAUGGAGCAGCAGGGAUCGGCACCCAGGGCGAGAAGGGAGACCAGGGUCAGAGGGGCAUCCGUGGAUUACAUGGACCUCCUGGCAUGACCGGACCCUCAGGGGCAAAGGGGGAGCCUGGCACACCAGGCCGACUGGGCAUGCCAGGACUACCGGGACGGGCCAUUGCAGGUCCCAAGGGUGAUCUAGGCCCACCUGGUCCCUCUGGGCCGACUGGAGAGACAGGCUAUGGGCUACCUGGGCCAAAGGGUGACCGUGGUCAUCCUGGUCCAUCAGGACCUUUUGGAUCCAAAGGUGAAGGUUUCCCUGGUCCAGUGGGUCCUCCAGGCCUUCCAGGUCUACAGGGAGAGCAGGGACCUGAGGGCAUUGGCAUCCCAGGACCUAAGGGAGACAUUGGCUUCAGAGGAUUGCCAGGUUUGCCAGGCCCAAAAGGAAAGGGUGUGCAAGGACCACCGGGUAACAUUGGAAGGAAAGGACCCCCUGGUCCAAAUGGGCCACCAGGGGAAGGUCUGCAGGGCCCCAAGGGUGAGCAGGGGUCUCAGGGUGUGACAGGGCCAAGGGGACCCAUAGGGGAAGGAUUCCCAGGAGGUAAGGGUGACCGUGGCUUGCAGGGUGAGAGAGGAAAUAAGGGUGUAAAGGGGGGCAUGGGAGAUUCUGGGGUUCCUGGAGAGUCUGGGAGGCCAGGAGUAAAGGGUGAAGUGGGGCUUACAAGAGAAGACAUCAUUAAAUUGAUCAAGGAAAUAUGUGGAUGUGGAAUCAAGUGCAAGGAGAGGCCAAUGGAGCUUGUAUUCGUCAUUGACAGCUCAGAGAGCGUUGGUCCGGAAAACUUUGAAAUCAUCAAGGACUUCGUCACAGCUCUGGUGGACCGUACCACUGUUGGACGUAACGCCACCAGAAUUGGAUUAGUCCUGUACAGUCUGGAUGUCCACCUGGAGUUCAAUCUGGCGCGCUACAUGACCAAACAAGAUGUCAAGCAGGCCAUCAGGAAGAUGUCCUACGUGGGUGAGGGAACCUAUACUAGCACCGCCAUCCGGAAGGCUACCCAGGAGGCCUUCUACAGUGCCCGUACUGGGGUUAGGAAAGUGGCCAUUGUUAUCACAGAUGGACAGACAGACAAACGAGAGCCUGUGAAGCUGGACAUUGCUGUGAGGGAGGCCCAUGCUGCCAACAUUGAGAUGUAUGCACUGGGGAUUGUCAACACCUCAGAUACAACCCAGGCCGAGUUCCUGCGUGAACUAAAUCUGAUCGCCUCUGACCCUGACAGUGAACAUAUGUACCUCAUCGACGAUUUCAACACUCUACCAGCUCUGGAGUCAAAGCUUGUUAGCCAGUUCUGUGAGGAUGAGAAUGGAGCCCUUGUGUUGAAUCGCAACACUAAUGGCUUUGGAAGAAAUGGGAACAACGGCUAUGGGAAUAACGGACAGGGGAAUAACGGACAGGGGAAUAACGGACAUGAGAAUAGCGGACAUGGGAAUAACGGACAGGGGAACAACGGACAUGGGAAUAACGGACAUGGGAACAACGGACAGGGGAAUAGCGGACAUGGGAACAACGGACAGGGGAAUAACGGACAGGGGAAUAACGAACAUGGAAACACCUAUAAUGAGGAUCCUAUCCUAAAUCCAAGUGGACGCACCAGUUCCCAGAGUCACAUCAGAGGCCGUGGAGAUAACUUUGUUCUGCCCCUCAAUGCUGGACCACUCCCAGUGCAGGUGGAUGAUGAAGAGGGUGAAGAUUUAGACGUCAGGACCUACGUGCGAGGAGGUAGUACUGUGGCUGUAGCUAACGAAACAGUAUCCAUCUUCCCUGCAAAGGAAAGCUCCCACUCCAACACAGCUGUCUCAUCAUCAGGAUCAGCAUCAGCAUCAUCAGGAACAACAGGUUCAGCUUCAUCAUCCAGCGAGGGCCAAUUUCAGCCUGUAUCAAUUCCUAUCCCUAAUUCUAUUUCCCCCCAAGAGUCCGUCUCGCUCAAUCCCCGCUGUAACCUGAGUUUGGACCAAGGCACCUGUCGAGAGUACAACAUCCAGUGGUAUUACGACAAACAGGCCAAUUCCUGUGCCCAGUUCUGGUAUGGAAGCUGUGAAGGAAAUGCCAACCGCUUUGAGACAGAGGAUGUGUGUAAGAAGACCUGUGUUCUAUCUAGAACAGCUGGUUAAAACAGGCAGAUGAUCAAUCAACUCAUCAGAACAAUCUGCCAUGGAACCAACUAAGCAAAAUGCAGAGGAUGUUUCAUAAUAGUGUACUACUGAUAUUUAAAAAUGGUAUAUUUACAACAGGCAUUUUAUCAUUGGAAAUAGCGUUAUUUUUGCAGCUCUCUGUCUCUCUCUCUCUCUUGAGGUGUAGAGAAUAAGGGAAGGACAUGCCACUUCUAGAUUUCAUGAAGUUGCCUUUAUUUUCAGACGUAUGGUUAUCUGUGGACUUUAUUUACAGAAGUCUGAAUUUGUGAAGAAAAUAUAACGUUGCUAUGGUAACUGUUUUAUUACAUUUGAAAAGUGAUCCUAUACCUUACUCUUAUUAUAUUGAUGUUGGAUUAAUUAAUCCAUUCAAUACCUCAAUGUUACUCAACCGUAAGCUGUACUGAACAAAGGGGAUAGGUUCAAGCCCAGCGUUUGUCAUUUCAGGUUUACCUGAGAAAAACAUCACACAAUACAAUUCUCAUACCUCUUAGCCAUAAGCACAUUGUGCUGCCAUUAUGCUGUCCCACAAUAUUGUUUUAUAAUAUAGGGAUAGUCUUCUAGAAUACAUUCAUUUUUUUUAGUAUACGUCUGAAUUCAGUAAUUGUAUUUUAAAGCAAACGAAAUUAAAUAGGUGCUGUAAUUA